UAUGCUCCAUUGCAUCUUGCCAACCUUGGGACUGAAGGGAGAGCCUGCUUGGUGACUCUUCUCAUUAACUGUUCACUUCCACUCUUACUUCCUAGGGGUUAUUUGAUUGCAGCGCCUUCUGUUUUCCGAUCUGGUUUAGAGGAAGCUAUUAGCGUGACCAUCUUUAACUCAGUCAAGGAAACAACAGUCCAGAUUCAACUAGUGGUCAAAGGAGAAACGGUAGCACGGGCCCAUGGAGCAGUCCUAGAUAAAGGGACAAUUAAGCUUAAGGUGCCUCCAGGGCUUCGUGGACAAGCACACUUAAAAGUCUGGGGCAACCGGCACCUGACAGAGAAAGGUUACAUUUUUCACAACUAUACCACAGUAACCAUUGAUAGCAAAGGGUCAUCAGUAUUCAUCCAGACUGACAAACCUGUCUACAAACCCAAGCAGAAAGUGCUGAUCAACUUGUUUAUGGUCACUUCUGACCUGAGACCAAUCAAUGACAAGAUUGAAGCAUAUGUAGUGGAUCCUCGGGGAUCUCGCAUGAUAGAAUGGAGCAACUUGAAGCCAUUUUGUUGUGGCAUUGUAAAUAUGAGUUUCCCCUUGUCUGAUCAACCAGUGUUUGGUGAAUGGUUCAUCUUUGCUGAAAUGCAAGGGCAAACAUACAACAAGUCCUUUGAAGUUCAGAAAUAUGUCCUACCAAAGUUUGAGCUGCUGAUUGACCCACCUCGCUAUAUCCGAGAUCUUACGACUUGUGAAAAAGGGAUUGUUCAUGCUAGAUACACAUUUGGAAAACCAGUGACAGGAAAGUUAACAGUCAAUAUGACUAUAAAUGGAGUAGGGUACUACAGGCAUGAAGUUGGACACCCCAUCCUCAAAACCACUGAGAUUGAUGGUUCUGCUGUUUUCGACAUAUGUGUGAAAGACAUGAUGCCAGCUGAUGUCCCAGAGCACUUUCGAGGCACUGUCAGCAUCUGGGCCACAGUGACUAGCUCUGAUGGAAGCAAGCAGGUCACAUUUGAUGACUCGACACCGGUUCAGAAACAGCUGAUUGACAUCAAGUAUACCAAGGAUACAAGGAAACAGUUCAAACCUGGCUUGCCUUACAAAGGGAAGGUAGAAAUCACUUACCCUGAUGGGAGCCCAGCUGAUGGUGUUACCGUCCGAAUCAAAGCUGAGCUAACGCCAAAGGACAACGUUUACACAAGUGAGCUGAUGUCCAGCAAUGGCUUGGUAGAGUUUGAAAUCCCCUCCAUUCCUACAGCUGCCCAAUACGUCUGGCUAGAGACUAAAGUGACAGCAAUUGAUGGAAGACCAGCAGGGGAUCAGUAUCUGCCAAACUACUUGUCUAUAAGCAGCUGGUACUCACCUAGUAAGUGCCACAUCCAGCUCCAAGCACCAAAUAAACCUUUCCAGGUGGGAGAGGAGGCCCGGAUUGGAGUGAAGUCUACAUGUCCAUGUAAUUUCACUCUACAUUAUGAAGUGGCAUCGCGAGGUAACAUUGUCCUUUCAGGGCUGCAGCCUAGUAACUUCUCCCAGCAAAGGAGCAAAAGAGCCACCUUUGAUAAGAGCAUCCAUGUCACUCAUGUCCCAGGAACAGCACCUACCACCCCCCCUACAGCAGAGGUUGAAGUCUGCAUGACCUUCCUCCAUUUCUCAGUAGCUCAUAACAUGGCUCCUCUGGGCCGUCUACUGGUAUAUUACGUCAGGGAAAAUGGAGAAGGGGUCACAGACAGUCUUCAGUUUGCUGUCAAGUCCUCCUUUGAAAACCAGGUUUCGGUGGCACUUUCAACAAAUGAGACCAGGCCUGGUGAUGUUGUGCACAUCAAAGUUAAAGCUGCGACAGGAAGUUGUGUCUGCAUUGCAACCGUGGAUAAGAGCGUCUACCUUCUUAAGACAGGUUUUCAGCUGACCUCUACUCAGGUUUUCCAGGAGCUUGCAGAGUAUGAUGUGUCAGAUGCCUUUGGGACUCCCAAGGAGGAAGGGCACUUCUGGUGGCCAGGCAUGUCUUCACGCAGGCGCCGUCGCUCCUCUGUCUUCCCCUGGCAUUGGGAUAUCACCAAAGAUGCCCGCUUUGCAUUUACGGAAACAGGUUUGGUUGUAAUGACUGACUUGGUCAGUUUAAACCACAGACAGAAUGGAGGCAUGUACACGGAUGAGGCUGUGCCAGCCUUUCAGCCCCACACUGGAACACUGGUAGCUACCAUGCAUUCUAAGAUUGUACCAAGGUCAGAGAAGAAAAAAAGAACAUUCUUCCCUGAGACAUGGAUUUGGCACUGCCUCAACAUCAGUGACACCUCAGGAGAAGCGCAGCUACAUGUGGAAGUGCCUGACUCAAUAACUACAUGGAUAACAGAGGCUGUGGGCCUGUCUGAGGACAAGGGGCUAGGCCUAGCCAAUCAAACAGAACUGAAAACAUUCAAAUCUUUCUUCAUUGAUUUCACCUUGCCCUAUCGUGUCAUUCGUGGGGAGCAGACCAAAAUCCCACUUACAGUCUACAAUUACCUGGCUGUCUGUGUAGAGGUUCAUGUGAAGAUCUCUGUUCCAAAAGGCAUAAAGUUUGUUGGACAUCCAGGUAAACAUCAUCUGACAAGAAAGAAGUGUGUAGCCCCUGGAGAGGCCAAACCCACUUCCAUAGUCUUGUCCUUCAAUGAGCUUGGGUUAAGCAACAUCACAGCAAAAGCCUUUGCUUACGGUGGAACAAAUUGUUGUCAACAAGGGCUACAAACCCCAAAGAAUGGCAAGCACGUAGAGGACAGUUCCAUGGAUACAAGGACCCCAGCCGGGGUGGAUUAUGUUCGUAGCAGUGUAAUAAUUGAGCCAGAAGGACUGUCCAGAGAAUAUACGUACAGCGUGUUCUUCUGUCCUAAUGGAAAAACUGCCCUUGUUUUCAUCUGGUCAGUAGAGAAAAUUCAUAUUUCUACACCUAACAAGUAUGAAUACCAAUACAUGCAGAAGCCUUCUUGGAUGACACACUUCGACAUUGCUGUGAAAGCUCACAAUAAUGCUCACCUUGCCUUGUCCUCUGGCCCACAUGACAUGGCAGAGAUGACUGAGAUAGUCAUUGGUGGGCAUCAAAAUACAAAAACAUGGAUUUCCGCCAGUAAAAUGGGUGAACCAGUGGUCAGUGUGGACACAGCUAGUAUCCUCUCUUGGGAUGAAUUCCGAAGCUUCUGGAUCAGCUGGAAAAAUGGAAUUAUCCAGGUUGGCCACGGUACUCAGAUGCUAAAUGAAUCUAUUAUAGUGGAGUGGGCCAUCCCGAAACAGCCCGAGGUGAAGUACAUCGGAUUCUCCACAGGCUGGGGAUCAAUGGGAGAGUUUAAAAUCUGGAGAAAAGAAGAGUCUGAUGAAAAUCACAAUGAAGCAUUUACUUUGGGAGUUCCCCACAAUGUGAUUCCAGGAUCGGAAAGAGCUACUGCCUCAAUAAUAGGAGAUGUAAUGGGCCCAACGCUGAACAAUUUGGACAAUCUUCUGCGGUUACCGUUUGGAUGUGGGGAACAGAACAUGAUCCAUUUUGCUCCAAAUGUUUUUGUUCUAAAAUAUCUGCAGAAAACUAAACAACUCAGCCCUGAGGUGGAGUGUGAAGCCACAGAUUACCUGGUGCAAGGUUACCAGCGCCAGUUGACCUAUAAAAGACAAGAUGGUUCAUAUAGCGCUUUUGGCGAGAGGGAUUCCUCAGGAAGUAUGUGGCUAACUGCAUUUGUCCUCAAGUCCUUUGCACAGUCCCGUGGGUUUAUUUUCAUUGAUCCCAAGGAACUAACAGCUGCAAAAGACUGGAUCAUCCAGCACCAGAAGGAAGAUGGUUCCUUCCCAGCAAUGGGCAGAAUAUUAAAUAAGGAUAUCCAGGGUGGAAUCCAUGGCAAGAUCUCACUGACAGCCUACGUAGUUGCAUCUCUGUUGGAGACGGGCAUGACUUCAGAGGAAGAAAAAGCAGCAGUUGCUAAAGCCAAACACUUCUUGGAGUCCAACUUAUAUUCUGCAGAAGACCCCUACACCACAGCCCUGACUGCGUACGCCCUGACUCUGCUGCGCAGUCCUUCUGCUUCUGUGACCCUGAGGAAAAUGAACAGCAUGGCCAUUAUGCAAGAUGGUUUUACACACUGGAGUUUAAUGGGAACUCUGGCUACUGAUGAAGAUACGUUCAUGGGAUUUAACGACGGGCUUUCUCAGUCAGUUGUGUCUGCAGAGGUGGAAAUGACAGCCUAUGCACUGCUGACAUAUACACUCUUAGGAGAUGUGGCCUCUGCACUUCCAGUGGUUAAAUGGCUGUCGCAGCAGAGAAAUGCCUUGGGAGGAUUCUCAUCCACUCAGGAUACAUGUGUAGCCCUGCAGGCUCUGGCUGAAUAUGCCAUUCUUUCUUAUGUUGGAGGAGUAAACCUUACCAUUUCCCUGGCUUCCACUAAUUUAGACUAUCAAGAGACAUUUGAGCUUAACAAGAUGAAUAAGAAAGUCCUUCAGACAGCUGUGAUCCCCAGCAUUCCCACAGGGCUGUUUGUGAGUGCCAAGGGUGAAGGCUGCUGUCUGAUGCAGAUUGAUGUCACAUACAAUGUACCUGACCCCGUUGCUAAACCAGCUUUUCAGCUCCUGGUUAACCUGAAAGAGCCCAAGUCAGAACGUCACCAGCAAGCUCAGCACCCCCUGCAGCCUCUCUCUCCAGAGGAGAAUCGCUCUGAAUCCUCCCACAGGGAACGGGCUUUGGUGGAUGACGAUGACCCAGCUUCUGAUCAGGAUCACCAGGAGUACAAAGUGAUCCUAGAGACAUGCACUAGGUGGCUGCACUCUGGAUCCUCAAACAUGGCCGUCCUGGAGGUGCCCUUGUUCUCGGGGUUCCGGGCAGAUAUGGAGAGUCUGGAGCAGUUAUUAAUGAACAAGCAAAUUGGAUUAAAAAGAUAUGAAGUUGAUGGAAGAAAAGUUCUCUUUUAUUUUGAUGAGAUUCCUAGCCAGUGCAUGACCUGUGUAAAGUUUCAAGCCUUCAGAGAGUAUAUAGUUGGGAAAACAGCCCCUGUCCCCAUCAAAGUGUAUGAUUACUAUGAGCCAGCAUUUGAAGCAACUCGUUUCUACAAUGUGAGCGAAAACAGCCCCCUUGCUCGUGAGCUGUGUGAUGGGCCAACAUGCAAUGAGGUGGAAAGUUCAGCUAGUCAGUGGGUUGGUUUUGUUCACUCUGGGCCAUGCAACAACAUUUUCGGCUGCCUGGAAGAUGAAUAUUUUGAGCAGUGUAUGUGCUCUAGAGACUGUGGCUAUGACGGGGAGCCAGUGUGUGGGUCUGACGGGCUGAUGUAUCAGAACCAUUGCCAGAUGGAGGUAGCAUCCUGCAGGAAUAAUACAAGGAUAGAACAAAUUCCUGUGUCUCAGUGUUCUGCCUCCAAGAGUUUACCAGAAGAGAGGGAGAAUCCUUUCCGCACAGUUGACCAGCCCAGUGUUCAGCAAACGCAAGCAGAGGAAGGCCCCGUGAUCCAGUCGGACCUGUCCUACUACUCCUACGAGUACGACCCAGACCCCUAUGUCUCUGAAGCCGAUGUCUUUGAGAUGGCACCGGAGCUGACAACAUCCAGCACCACUCUGAGGGAAGGGGACAGAAGUCAGGGAGUGGUGACCACAGUAGAAUGGUGAGAGAGUGAGGCCUGGGGGGCCAGGGGGAGGGCUAGAUCUGGCUUGUGAGUUGAGUUGUUUUACACCCAGCCAUGCCUCUGGGUCCAGAGUGAAUCUGCAGUAGGGGCUUCUAACAGUCACUUUGCCAUUUCCCUUGGCCUCAGCGCUGCUGGGGAUUAGGAUAAUGUUGGUUUGGCACUGGGAGCCUUCAGUGCUUGCAACUUUCAGUUCCAAAAAGGCAUUUUAAAGUAGAAAGGGCUGGGUUCAACUGCUGCUGUACAGAAAUCUGUGAUGGGAGAGUGACUUUUCUUUGUUAUGUUCUCUCU